AGCAGCUCUCAGCAGAUUCUAACUUUAGAGCAAAGAUGGACAACACCUCUUCAGCUUAUAGGAGCCCACAAUUCAGCACCUUUUUCUUAAUCAUUGUGAUUUUUACUUACAAUGUACUGCUUCAGAGGGAAUACGAGUGCAGAUGUGAAAGAGGGCUUAGAAGAUGCUUUACCUACGCGGUCAUACCAACCUUCAUUUUAAUUUUUUUACAACUAUGGACUGAAAAUGUCUUGAAUUGUAAUUGCGAGAAGUGUUGGAUUAUAGGUUUACGCAUUCUCAAGGCAGUCUGCGUAGGUUCGCUGUGGUUUAUCUCUUUGUUAUUCAAGGGAGACUGGGUUGUUUGCUGUUUUCACGCUAAUCUGUACUGCAAUACAACUAUCAAACUCUCAGAGGAAGGACAGAAGGAAAUUGCCAAAAAGAAACAGGAUAAAACUAUUUAUGGCUUCAUUUGUGUCUUCGGUAUCAUUGCUGUGGCGGCCGCAAUGACAUCAGCUAAAUUGAAGAAAAAAUGUAUUGGUGAUAAUUAUGUCGAAGACGAAGUGAGCUUCGACGAGGAUGAAAAUGUGCUGAAAGAGAUAGAAAGAGAAAAGUUGAAAAAAGGAAAACCCACACCUGCAGGAGCAGCCGGAGAAGGGAUCCCUCUCCUAAACCAGGAAUGGGUCCCUUACCAAGUCCGUCUUUCACCACCAGGACACGAGGAUCAAAUAAUUCAUGUUGAACUACGGAGCCAAAAGAUGAAUCCAUAACAGACUGGGUCUGGGUCUGUCUGAGGUUUCUGCCCAAAAGGAGUUUGUCCUCGCCACUGUUGCACCAAAUGCUUGCUCCUGGGGGAAUUGUUGGGUCUUUGUAAAUUAUAGAGUGUGGUCUAGACCUGCUCUAUCUGUAAAAUGUCUCGAGAAGAAUUAACUCUUGUUACCAUUUGAUACUAUAAAUAAAGUUGAAUU